AUGAUUUAUGUCAAUGAGGAGCUGGUCAUGCCUGCGAUACGAUUUCCAGUUGAAGGGUCAUGCUUUGCAGACAAGGAGACUAUUUUCGCAUUGCAAACACCAGUUGCUGUACUUGAAGGAUCAGAUAUGAAUGUGAAAGUGAGCAUUUCAGCAGAUAUUCCACUUAAAAAUGAUAAAAAUGUUGGGGUCACACUUCUUACUGAACGUGCAAUACAAGGUGAAGAUGCAAAAUUCAAAAGUACUCAUAAAGGUAUGCAGGUGAUAAUAUAUCGUAUUGCUUAUGCCUUAAAACCACCUCCAUCUGCAGUUCUCUAG